UUGGAUCAUAUGCUUUUUCUCGUUUACAUAUAUAUUAUUAUAUAAUAUAUAUUCCGAAAGAGAUCUGAAAAAGACUUGUUAUUACCCCCACUACCACCACCCUCUCGCCCAUAUAAAUGAUUUUACUGAUUCCCAAUCACAUACUAUAUAGCAGCUCUUUGAUGAGAAUCACAAGCACUCAUCAACGUAACAAUAACAUUCAACUCCAUCCCUAGCAACUUUUUCUUUUUCUUUUGUUUGAUGAAACCAUUCAAUUGGUGGUGAAGGAGAGUAUCUUUGCCUCUGCAAAAGGAAACUCAACCUUAGCUUUUUUUUUCCCUCUCUCUCUCUUUCUCUGUCUCUCAAUGAUGCCACCUGGUGAUACACCUUCGAAGGCUACUGCAACAACAAAAACAUGCUCAUCACCUAAUACAAAAGAUCAUGAGAAUUCCGACCAGCAAGGUGGAGGUGGUGGCCGGAAAACCACAAAGGCAGCAGCAGCAGAACAAGGACUAAAGUGCCCUCGAUGUGACUCACCCAACACCAAAUUCUGCUACUAUAACAAUUACAGCCUUACGCAGCCACGCCACUUCUGCAAGACUUGCCGCCGCUACUGGACAAAAGGCGGAGCCCUGCGCAACGUCCCCAUAGGCGGUGGAUGCCGCAAAAGCAAGAAAGGGAAGCCCUCGUCGUCCUCCUCCAUCUCUUACUCAAGGGCAUUUUCAUGCGACUCCUCCAGGGACUCUGGUUCUUCCUCUGACCUCGCUGGCCUUAGGUACCUCCAUGGGCUUUCUUCUCCUCCCAUGGAUUUUCAACUUGGAGGGUUAACUUUCCCUGUCCCUUCUAGGCUGCAACAUCAUCAUCAACCUCCAAUGGCUACUACAGCUGCUUUCUAUAACAACCAGUUCUCUUCUUUUGGGGAUGUUGUUCCGGGAGCUACUACUACUGCUUCUGCUUCUGCUUCUGCUUCUUCCGCCAUUGAUUAUCCCUCGGGGAGUUCUUUGAUUGGUCUGAACUAUCCGUUUUGUUCUUCAGAUGGAAGCGGUAGUAAUGGUGCAAUAAUCCAUGGCGGUGUGAACAAUAACUUUGAGGGUAGUAGUAGCCUUGCGUCUUCGAUUGAGUCGUUGAGUUCCUUGAACCAAGACUUGCAUUGGAAGCUUCAGCAGCAAAGGUUGGCAAUGCUCUUUGUGGGAGACAACCACCAGAAAGAAGAUCACAACAACAGCAACCGCAACGGCAACGUUUCUUUUUCUCCCGUGGUUGUUGAUCUUGAUCAUCAUCAUCAUCAGCAGCAGCAGCAGCAGCAGCAGAGACCCCAACCAAUUUUAUUUGAGAAUCUUGAAAUUUCAAAGGCAGGUGCAGGUGCUACUACUGUAGAUGCAGAUACUAGAGCCACAGAAUGGUUCUUCGGGAAUUCUCAUGCUCCUACUCCAACGACGACUACCAGCAGCGGUUGCAAUGGCCAUGAAGAUAGCUGGAUGAUGGGCAGCAGCGGUGUCCAUGGUUGGCCUGAUUUGCAACCGCACCCGCAGCAACAGUACAGUUCUUUGCCCUAGACGCUAGAAAUUAAUUAUAUAUGAAAACCCCUUUCUUAUUUAUUUAAUUAUGUUGGGUAAGGUACAUGUAACAACGUAACAGAUCAGGAAGAAUUUAAUUAAUUAAGAUCAUAAUGUAUGUCUUUCGCUGUUACAACUCAUUACAUAAAUAUU